AUGAAUGCGGUGACGCCUCCGAGAAUUUACAUAACAUCGGUUGAGGAAAGCGUCGUGGAAGAAGGGCAGCCCACCGCAAGCGGCUCGCCGGAAGGCCGAAGGUCACAGCAGUUUGCUCACUCGAACCCGGCGGCAUCGAUUCCGUCGAUCGAUUUGGCCAUGGCGUUGGACAAGCAGCAGCUCCCGAAUGGCGGCGACGGUUCGGUUCCGUUGACUGGCGUUACGACGGACUGGUGCCCGGUGAGGAACGACGGAGGGGAACCGACCCGGUUGCCAAAGUUCACAGCACGCAGUCCGGAUGGGCAAACGGCGACUCGCAGCUGCCCCGCCCUUCUGCAGCGAAACUGGCCAGUUAUUUCGCAGCCGCUGGCGUUGCUGCUCGUGUUCGGCUUCCUCUGGGCCAUAGCGUACUCCAUCCUGCCGCCGGAACUCUCGCACCCGACCGGGGGCCUCAUGCGGCUCGCGUUCCUGUUCGUCGGCGCCCAGGCCUGCGGCGUGCUGGUCUCGCUGACCGGGCUGCCGGACAUGCUGGGCAUGCUGUUCUGGGGCGUCCUGUACGCCAACGUGGGCUGGGCGGACUUUGGCGGGUACGGGCGGCUCGAGGUGUUUCUGCGCGAGAUGGCCCUCGUCAACAUCAUGCUGCUGGCCGGGCUCGGGCUCGACUACGGCGCCCUGCGGAGUCUGUUUCGUUUCAUCAUGCAACUCACCCUGGUGCCGACCGCGGCGGAGGUGGCAACCGUGGCCAUCCUCUCGCGCUACCUGCUCGAUCUGCCCUGGCUGUGGGGCGUUCUGCUCGGCCUGGUGGAAACGGCCAUCUCGCCCAACGUCGUCGUAACGGUGCUGCUGCGGCUGAAGGAGGAACGGCUCGGGCUGAAUAAGGGAAUUCACACAUUAAUCAUCGCCAUGACAAGCUGUAAUGAUGUUCUGGCAAUUUUCUUGUUCGGUGUCAUUCUGGGCGUGAUAUUUUCCACCGGAAAUCUCACCAGCCAGAUCCUGCAAGGACCGAUCGGUAUCGUCAUCGGGCUCGCCUACGGCACGGCGUGCGGUUACGCCCUGCUGUACCUGCCCUCUUAUCGCGCGAAGUACACCAACGGGUUGCGGUUCGCGAUGACAGCGCUCGCCGGCACGCUCUCGGUGGUGGGGAGCAAGGUGGCGGGGUAUCCGUCGGCCGGGGCGCUCGGAUGCAUCGUGACGGCGUUCGUGGCCGGCACCGGGUGGCGCCGGCGGCCCCCAACGGAGUGCAACGAGGUGAGCAUGUACCUGGACCUGCUGUGGAAGUUCCUGAAGCCCGUUUCCUUCUCGCUGAUCGGCAAGGAGGUGAACUUUUCCGUCCUGGCCGGGGAGACGGUCCUGUACGGGGCGAUCACGUUGGGUGUGGCGGUGUUGCUUCGGUUGACUUUCUCCUACCUCUCGACCAUCGGGAGUGAGCUGAACUGGAAGGAGAAGGCGUACGUAACGCUUUCCGGGUUCCCCAAAGCCACCGUUCAGGCCGCGCUGGGACCGGCCGCGCUGGAUCUUGCCCGGAGUCUCAACGCCACGGAGGAGAUCGAGAAGGCCCAAACCGUGCUGAUCGUGACGGUGUUAGCCAUCAUUCUGACCGCUCCGUUGGGGGCUCUGCUGAUGAUCAAGUUGGCUCCACGCUGGCUGAAGCGAUCGUCGGCUGAAAGCGACGAACAGUACAGAUAA